UGGGGCAGUUUUGCAGUGAAAAGAUUUUAUGGGUUUUGGCACUAGUUUUCACUUGCGUUUUGGUUUCCAUUAAUGGCGUCGAAGCCUCGCACAAGGUUUAUCCUGAUUACCAGUCUCUUACGGCUUCAAACGUUGGGCGUCUGCACAGAACCGCUUACCACUUUCAACCCAAGCGGCAUUGGAUUAACGAUCCGAAUGGACCAAUGUAUUACAACGGUGUUUAUCAUCUAUUCUACCAGUACAAUCCAAAAGGUGCUGUGUGGGGCAACAUUGUUUGGGCCCAUUCAGUAUCUACUGACCUGAUCAACUGGACCCCGUUAGACCCCACCAUCUUCCCAUCGAAACCCUUUGACAAGUACGGCUGCUGGUCCGGGUCCGCAACUGUCCUUCCGGGGAAUAGGCCCGUAAUCCUCUACACUGGCAUAGUAGACCAGAACAAUACCCAAGUCCAGAACUACGCCGUGCCAGCCAACCUCUCUGAUCCGUACCUUCGAGAGUGGGUCAAGCCCGACAACAACCCCUUAAUUGUUCCCCAAGCCGGAGAAAACAAAACGGCUUUCCGUGACCCAACAACCGCUUGGUUGGGCCGGGAUGGCCGCUGGAGAAUCCUGCUGGGCGGUAAGAGGAAGCAUCGGGGAGUGGCAUUUCUGUAUAGGAGCAGAGACUUCUUGAGAUGGACCAAGGCAAAGCAUCCAUUGCACACCGCUGCGGGAACUGGAAAUUGGGAAUGUCCUGAUUUCUACCCUGUCCCAAAGCAAGGAUCAAAUGGGUUGGACACGUCCGUGCUGGGCCCAAAUGUUAAGCACGUCUUAAAGGUUAGCCUUGACGUUACUAGGUAUGAGUACUACACCCUCGGAAGUUAUGACACCGAUAAAGACAGGUACAUUCCGGAUGAUACAUCGCGGGAUGGUUGGAACGGUUUGAGAUAUGAUUAUGGCAACUUUUAUGCUUCUAAAUCGUUCUUCGAUCAUAGCAAGAAUCGGAGGAUUUUGUGGGGUUGGGCCAAUGAGUCGGACACUGCUUAUGAUGAUGUGACGAAGGGAUGGGCCGGCAUUCAGUUGAUCCCGCGAGUAAUUACGCUGGACCCCAAUGGCAAACAACUGUUGCAGUGGCCAAUUCCAGAAUUGGAAAGUUUGAGGGGGGAAAAUGUCCAUUUAAGCGGUCAGGUGCUUAAAAAAGGCGACGUUGUUGAAGUGACGGGAAUAACUGCAGCCCAGGCCGACGUGGAAGUGACAUUCUCCUUCGCCGCCUCUAGCUUGGACCUGGCAGAACAGUUUGACCCGGCGUGGAAAACGCUUGAUGCUCAGGACGUCUGCGGCCGGAGAGGCUCAACCGUUGAAGGUGGGCUUGGUCCAUUUGGUCUCCUGACGCUCGCCUCCGAAAACCUGGAAGAGUACACUCCCGUGUUCUUCAGAGUUUUUAAAGCCGGAUACCAGCAUGUGGUUCUCAUGUGCUCUGAUGCUCGAAGUUCUUCUUUAAUGGAUGGGCUGUACACGCCUUCAUUUGCGGGAUUUGUAGAUGUAGAUUUGACCGAUAAGAAGCUUUCCCUCAGGAGUUUGAUUGAUCAUUCAGUUGUAGAGAGUUUUGGGGCCAGAGGGAAGACGUGCAUUUCAUCCAGGGUUUAUCCAACCUUAGCCGUUUCCGACAAGGCUCACUUAUACGUAUUCAAUAAUGGCACUGAGGCUGUUAAAAUUGAGACUUUAGAUGCUUGGAGCAUGAAUAGGCCUAGGAUGAACUAAAUUUAAGUACCAACAUGUUUAUCUUUUUUUGCAUUGGAACACGACAAGGAUACCUUACCUUGUUCGCGUGGUUUGGUUUGAAUUAUAUA